CUUGGUUAUAUGCCAGCCAGUACCUUGAUUUUCAAUUUCUUUACUUGCUUUCUUUACACUUCACCUAGUUGUCUCCUUUGGGUUUUUUGAUAAAUUUAUUUUUGAUUAGGUAAUGAAUAAUCACAUCAAUGUUGAUGGAGAAUAAAGAUGGUGAAUCAUGGAGUUCUGCUCCUAUCUACAAGUCUCAAUGGCUUCAAACAACCAUAUCAGAUUUGGAUGAGAAAUUGGGAGCCAUGACGACUAUUUUAGAAGAUUGCAAUUCUCCAAACCAAGAACAUGUGUACUGCAAAUGGAGAGAAGACCUCUUACAUAUGCUUGAAGAAUUUGGCCGAUCAUACCGUGUUUUAGCCUUAGCUUAUAACCAACUAAAGUCUAAAACAUCUCAGGGUUCCUUUCAUUCAGGAUCUUUAUCAUCUUCUGCUACAUCAAAAACUAUGCGUGCAAGCUGCACCAGAAGAGCAACAGGUAACUUGGAGAAUAAGAAACUCGAAAAGGGUUAUAAGAGCCAUAUGAAAUCUCUUUUGAACCAUUCCAAUGUCAAAUCUAAUGGCACUAAUCUGGAUUUUAUGUUAAAGAAGCAAGAAGAUGAUGUAUUCCCAUCACCUGACCCUUGCAGCCUGAAACUAGAAUCAGAAGUUGAGUGCUUUGACAUUCAACUUGAAGACAGAAUGACAGAUUUUUCCACCAAUGAAAAUAUUUUAAUGAAAAUUGAGGAUUUGGAAUUAAAACACGGAACUGAAGAUUCAUUAAUAAUCAGUUCUGAAUUUGAAAGUAUGUGGCCGGCAUUGAAGUAUCAGAUGACAAAGCUUACAGAUGAUAAUCUGCACCACUUAGAAGAGUUGGUCCAAAGAAAUGAUGAAAAGAGGGAAACCAUUAGAAGGCUUCAGUUAGAGGUGGAAACUUUGAAGCACGAGAACCAAGCCCUCCAGAAUUCGUCAAGGAACUCCAAUGCUGAUUCAGAAUGCAGCCAAUCACAAAUAUCAAGACCAGGAAGAAAAUCUGCGAGCAAGCUCUUCAGAGGUUGCUCUCCAUGAUAUCUUGUAGACUUGACAUUCUAACAGUAUUGUGCUGGGGAUAAUUCUGGAAGAAUUUUGCUAUUAAAUGCUUGUUUGUAUAGCAAGCAAGUGAGCACUUGUAGAAGUCGCAGCCUAGGCACAGUAAGUAACCAUUUGUAAUAUUUGCACCUGGGUUUUAUUGUACUUUUGCAGUAGAGCAAUAACAUCAUGUAUUUGAACUGAGAAUAAGUGAUCUAAAAGCCCAGCUGAAAAUCUAUUCAUUGUUCUUACUGGAA